AUGCUUACCUUCAAUGACCUAAAAGUGAAACACAUAAACGAAGCCGAAGACGAUGUCGAAAUGCGUCUCGCAAAGCAAAAAGAUCUGGCUCGUGGUACAACUCCGUGGGCUCUGAUGGUCGAUUGCGUGAGGGGCCUGCUUGACCGACGAGUUCGAAGGGACAGCCGAUCCCGACUUUCACGCCACUCUUCAAAUGUCGCCUCAAGACUUUACAGAGUACUUGAUACAUCACAUGAAGACUUUUGGGAGGCACAUGUGUUUGACACGCUGCAGUUGCGUCCUGCGACGGGAUUCACAUGUGCCCACCUCGGUCCAUCACCUUAUCGAGAUCGUCAAGCCGUCCUGCAUGCAGGUCCCGUCUUAGCAUCCCCACAAUCGCCAGUUUUGCCAAGUUCGUCAAGACACAAGUCAGCUUUCUCUUUUGGGUCAGUCUUCUCUGACGCACAGGACACAAGUGACACUAUCCGUAUACGCUGGAUACGAGUAUAG